ACAUACAAUAAGAUACAUUAUGCCUUUUAAACUUUGUCUUUUGACUUGACAGAUUCUAUCUAAAAACUUCACAAAAAGACACAAGACCCAAAAAUUUGAAAAAUGUUAAAGGACGAUGAAGCCCAUUUGACGCCCCAAUUUAAGGAGCAUUAUGAAAAGGAGGUAGAAAUUUUGGGUCUGUUAGUGGAUAUGGAGAAACGUUAUGCUGAUUUCUAUCAGUUCUACCAAUGCGAAUUGGAAACACAAAAGAUUAUAAUCGAAAGAAUCUGGCUGUUAACUCAAAGAUAUUUGAUCUUGAUCAGCUCAGCGCCAGGCUGUCGUUACCCAGAGGUGUAUACGCUCUCCGCUGAAGAGGCAAUAAUCAAUGAGUAUGAGGAGAAGUUCGAAGUGAUACGCGCAUCCAACAACAGCAUGAAGAAUAACAUUUUGGCCAUUUACCUGGAGUGUAAAAAGUUCUAUGCAGCCUGUGAUCAAUUGGAUCGCAAUCAAGAGACGCCGUUUAUAAUGGGCGAUAAGUAUCAUCGCAGCAUCUAUGCGCAUAAGCGCAUGAUGAUCGAUAUAUUCAAUUACUGCUACUCGGCAGUGCUCAAUUUGAAAUGCUACUUGCAUCAGUUGGAUCCGAUAAGUUUGGAAAGUGUUGAGGAUUAUCGCAAGCUACUCAAGGAGGACAGCUCAAAUGAGGAGUUUGCUGAGCUCGUAAAGAGCACAUUUGUCUACUGCAAGUGCCUCCACCCCCGUCCCACCUGUCCCAUCAAGAAGCUCAAGUGUAGUCAAAAGCAAAUUGAGACUUUCAAAUAUGUUAGCCGAACAUAAUUAUUUAUUUCCAAUUUCAGACAGCGGCGCCCUUGCCAUUGUCCUUACAGAUUAACGAAGUCAUUAACUUGGUCAUUAACUGAAUAAUGUUCAUUGUCUGGCCACCCAUUAAAUGUUAUUAAAAGCUCCCAAUGUUCCACGAUAAUUGUCUGUGUAUUUUACUGUACUUAGUACACGCACACCCACCCCCACCAUUCGCC